GGACCCUCAGCCCUGCCACGGCCUGGGCAGCACACCCCGAGCCGGGCCGGAGGAGAUCGCCCACACGCAGCGAGGAGCAACUUUUUCAAACUUUAAGACGCCACACCGCAGCACCCGGCCAAGGCAUCUUUCUUGAGCAAGGGACACGGCCUGCGGGUCGCCCCCGGCUCCCCCCAGCCCAACGGCGCAGCCGCCCCGUGCAGCGCUGCUCAGCCCGCCCUCCGUCUCCUCAGCGCCUCGCUGCUCACCGCCCUCCUAGACCGUCGCGCAACGCAGCUGCGGCGCUUCCGGCCUUUCCAGCCGCCUUAUCUAUCGUUGUUCCUCCCGCCGGGGUUUCCCCGUGCGCGGAGCGGGGGGCUCGCGCCGCCGCCCCGGUGCACGGGGGUGGGGGGGCCUGAGGGGACGUGGCGGUGGCGGGCUGGCGGGCUGCUCGGCCCCGGGAAGGGGAGGCAGAGCGGCGGGGCAGUUCCUCCAAAGAAACCCGGGGUGGGGGGCGGUACGUGUGAGGCAGCAGCCUGCCCCCGCUCCCCCGGCCGGGAGCCCCGGCUCCUCCAGAGCGUUACGGGGCGAGCGGUCCCCUCCCCCCACCCCGUUCCUCCCUGAGGGGCGGAGGCGGCCAUGGCGGAGGCGGGGAGAGCCGUCGGGAGCCCCGCCGCUGCCCGCCGCCCCGUGCCCCCCCGGGCGCCGGCGGGGCGAGGCCGCGCCGUCCAGGUGUCUGUCAUUGUGCCUGUUCACAAUAGUGAAUGCUGGUUAGAUGAAUGCUUGAAGUCCGUUUGGGAACAAGAUUUUAAAGAAACCAUGGAGCUGUCAAUUUUUAAUGAUGCCAGUAAGGAUGGUUCAGCUGAAAUAAUUGAAAAAUGGAAGAUCAAGUUGGAAGAUGCUGGUGUUCCAGUAAUUAUUGGUAGUAAUGAUUCAUCUCAACCUCGAGGCGUUGGAUUUGCUAAAAAUCAAGCAGUAAUUCAGAGCUCAGGAACCUAUCUCUGCUUUCUGGAUUCAGAUGAUGUGAUGAUGCCACAGCGGGUUAGACUGCAGCACGAAGCUGCCAUUCAACACCCAAACAGUAUUAUUGGUUGCCAAGUCAGAAGAGAGCCACUGGAGUCUACUGAAAGGUAUACUCGUUGGAUCAAUAAUCUGACUGAAGAACAGCUUCUUACACAGGUGUUUACCUCCCAUGGACCUACUGUGAUCAUGCCAACCUGGUUCUGUUCUCGAGAAUGGUUUUUUCAUGUCGGAAAAUUUGAUGAGGGUGGAAAGGGUGUUCCAGAAGAUUUGUUGUUUUUUUAUAAACAUAUCCAAAAGGGUGGUGAAGUCUUUCGAGUAAACCAUUGCCUCCUGCUGUACCGUUACCAUCCACAGGCUGCAACUCAUUCCAUCCCAGAGGGAACCAUCUGGAAUCACCGAGUCAGGUUUCUCGAAGACAGAGUCCUGAGUUCCUGGACCUCAUUCACCAUUUGGAAUGCUGGCAAGCAAGGCAAGAAGCUAUACAGAAGCUUGUCACCAGCUAAUCGGAAAAAGGCCUAAAACAGACCACAGGUGAAAAUACGAUGAGGGAAUAAAAUCCUGUGAAGAUCAUUCACCAUAAAAGGACCUUAGGCUGGUGAAAUCUUUCAGUUUUUCCAUUAGGAAAUCUGAGUGGAAUGGGAAGUGUAAGGCAACAUCCUCUGCAGUAGCCAACAAGGCAGUAAACAAGUUAAGUAUGAAAGAAACUAUUAAUUCUUGUGUAAUAGUAGCACAGCUCAAACAGCUAGGUAAUUACAGCUGCACCCCAAGCCCACUCUUACUGACUUCUUAGACUGAACUUUGGAGUAGGAUUAAUCU